ACAAAUUCCAGCAUGAAACUGGUGGUGAUAUGUAGCCGCAUCACGCAGCCAGUGACCAGCACUGGGCAACUGAUGUACAUCCGCUUCUCUGCGGCUAGAAACUCUGGCUUUUCAUUAUUGUACCAUCAGAUGUUACAAUCUGAAGGUCUCACAGAUUCAUCUAAUUCGAAUUCUGAUCGCGACUUUAAGCUGACUGGACUGGUUGGUGGUGUUCUGGGGGUCACUUUACUCUUCGUCACUCUCGCUCUCAUCUUCAUUUUCUGCUACAAACGACUAUCGAGGAAACAAAAGCAGACUUCGAAGACCAGCGGCAACAAUGGAGGUGAUUCAAGACAGUCCAUCAACCCCACCGCGCUUCCCACCAGCGAUGACGAGGACACAGGUCUGACCUCUGGCCCGUCUACCUCGGAUCCUCCUACCUCCACUCCGGCCACUUUCGCCCCUCCUACCUCUGCUCCAUCCACUUCUGACCCUCCUUCUUCUGAUCCACCCAUUUCUGACCCUCCUACCUCUGCUCCACCCAUUUCUGCCCCUCCUACCUCUGCUCCAUACACUUCUGCCCCUCCUACCUCUGUUCCUCCCACUUCCGCCCCUCCUACCUCUGUUCCAACCAUCUCUGCCUCACAAACAUUUUGUCCCGCCUACCUCUACCUCGCGCACAAAGAAAGAAAAGCAGACUACGAAGACCCGCGGCAAGAAGAGACCUGCUUCAAACCACAUCCCCCUCAACCCUACUGCUCCUCCCGCCAACGAUGAGGAGGACACAGAGCCCACCUUUGCCCCUCCUACCUCACAGUACGCCAGUUCCUUGUACCCGAAUCUCUCUAACAUCAACCAGGAGGACUACAUCCAAGCAGCGCGGUCUACGGGUGGAACGUUGGCUGUACCCGCGGCUGUCCCGUUAGUCUACUAUCUUGAGACCGGAAGGGAUAACCCCGCAUUUAUUAACGACCCAUCCACCGCCGGUAACCACACUUCGCCCGUUUACAGAGGACACUCCGAUGUAUGAAACUGGAUUUUUCGCUGUUUUGCUGAAUUUCUGUCACAGUUUGGUGAUCCUGCAAUAAAAAAAAUUUAAAAGCCAAACAUUUACUCGCUCAAACUGUUGUAACCAAAGAAGAUUUUAAUUCUCAACGUGUUCAAUGUGUGGGUUUGCGGAGACAGGAUGGAGCUCCACUACUAACUGAGAACGAUGUGUGUUUUGGAUAGUAUCUGUACAGGAACAUUGAAGUGUAGCUCUUACAGAAAAAGAAAAAAAAUAACCAGGUUAAUAUAUGGAUAGAUUUUUCACAGAUUCCCGUCGUUGCUAAUGUAUCGUCUCUGGUCACAUACACUUCCUAACGGACUAACGUCUCACCAUGGAUAUCAUGUCUCUGAUAACACACACUUCCUAACGGACUAAUGUCUCACCCCGGAUGUCAUGUCUCUGGACUGUGGACAGUCUGCUGAGAGCAGCUCUUAGCCUUUAGUAGCUGUCUGAUCUCAGUGAGUCCUUUGACAACUAAUAUCCGGAACCGCAAUGAAAUUCUUUAAAUCAACAAAUUGAUGGUUUUUUAUUUUGAUUUAUUUUUUAGAAAAAGUCGUCGACCUCCAGCUGUAAACUAGUCCGUUCCCUCCCCUAGUGUUGGCAAUUUUACUGUCCAUGUGUAAGCAGUUGAUGGUCAAGAAUACGAGCCCUGAUAUGGUGUCGAAGAGUCGGUGUUCUGAUGGACUAAGAAAACGUGUCACAAAUUAUGUGAGCGUGACAGUAGGAAAAGUCACGUGGGAGACGUCACGUGGCCCACACGUGCCAUGUUGUUCCGUUUUGUUACGUCACAGUGUCUGGAUGCACAGGCUACAACGAUGGGAGGCAUCACCUUCAAACUCACGACAAUGCGCCUUCUGUAAGGUUAUAGUCGUAUCGGGAGACUGUGAUGAUGGAGCUUGGAAAACGAGGGGCGAUGGCGUGGUAGAGGAAGACGACUGUCGCAUGAUGCUGUAACUGAUGAGGCACUUGAGACUUUAAGUUAAGCGAGGUUUCAUAAUGUUUGUGGCUAAUUAUUAAUUAACCCACAAUGUUUUGAAAUAUUUUCUUAUGAACGAUAGUAUAGCAUUUAAAAACUAUUUCUACAAAAACGUUUAGUAAACAUAGAACGAACGCUUUUAAAUGUCACUGAAAUGUUUCUAGGCAAACAAAAUGAAAAUGUUAUUUUAGUGUUGCAAAUAAAACGAUUUUGAAUUUA